ACGACGCUGUUCGCCAGCGUACAGGCAGGAAAGCUUAUGCAGAAUGAAAUGUUAAAGGAUAUACAGAAACUGCUGACUAUAGAAAAUACCGUUGAGGAUGAGUUGGCUGAAAAUAAGGCGAAGUUGCAACAGCUGAUCAGCGAUUGGCUGCUGAAUAGGACUGCUAAAAAUAAAGAAAAGGCCAAUAAAGAAUAUCAGACGGAGAUUGAGAAACAGCUAAUGGAGGCUCAUGUGUUGGAUCCGAUUAAGAUACGCUACGAAAUAAACUACCAUCAAAUGAAUGCGACACAAGCUGAAUUGAAGGCUGAACGGGAAUUGAAAAAAUACACAGAUAAGAUCGAAGAAGUUUUGAGGGCAAUGCGGAGGGAAUCUUAUACCUCGCAGUGUUCCCUAAACUCGUACUAUUCGGACACUGAGGCAAGCACUCAAUGUGACAACUAA